UUGCAGUCCGAGCAGUUAGAAACGGAAAGAAAAAAUGAACGUUAUUCAUAUUUUGCGGAUGGUCGGCGACGCGUCGAUUACGUUCUCGCUUAUCACCUUAUCGAUAAUGAUUUUCGUGAUGAUUUGGACGAUCAACGAGAUAGUUGCGAGUUUAGCGAAGACGACGACGACAUUCCUCAUACUUAUGCAUUUCUUGGAAAUUUGACAAGAAAAGCGAAAAGGCGACGAAUUUAUGAAGAAAAUCUUAUUAGAAAAGGCCUUGAACUUGAACAUAUCAAAGGCAAAUAUUGUAAUAAUAUUGGAUUUGUAUUGGUUCAUAUUCCAUUUGACUUAUUAUGUCGGCAUGCAGAAAAAAUGGGAAUCGAAUUGCGAGUUCGAACCGAUUUAAGACCCAAAAGAAAUGUCGAAGGCUCAAUGUUCGAUAAAAUCUUGAAUAAGUGUGGUUUAUUUCAUUUUGAUAAACGAACUAACAAAUUAAUUGAAGAACCGAGAAAUCAAUAUUAUCCUUUCAAUUAUGAUGAUAUGGAAUGCUUUGUUGGUUAUAAUAAUCCAGAAAAUUUCUUUUCAAGUGCGGAUCGAAUAUUUGUUGUCUAUGAUAUCCUCAGCCAUACAAAAUUCGGUCGAGAUGGACGAGUUGGUAUUGAAUUAAUGCUUCAAAAGGAAAUUUACAAUGCAGCAUAUCCUCUUCAUGAGUUUUUGGAUUACGACAAUCUCAGGUCAGGACUAUGUAAAAAGGAAGUCGUUAAAGGAGUUGACGAGUUGUCGGGUAAUAAUACCAGACAAUUGUUAUAUUGGCUUUGGGCAAAACUCAGAUAUUGCUACAAAUUUCAGCCAUUAUUUUUAAUUAAAGAAUAUUUUGGAUCGAAAUUGGCUAUGUAUUUUGUUUUAGUUGGUUAUUACACUAAAUUUUUGAUUCCUUGUUCAAUUAUUGGUUUAUUUUGUUUUAUGUAUGGCAUAUUUACUUUUAACACCGAUAUACCGAGUAAUGAAAUUUGCUCAGCAAAUGGUGAAUUACAAGAGAUUUUAAUGUGUCCCAUUUGUGAUCGUUGGUGUGAUUAUACAAAACUAAAUUCAAGUUGCUUCUAUUCGAAGUUAUCAUACAUUUCUGAUAAUAUUUCAACUGUUAUAUUCGCAAUUGUAAUGAGCAUUGGAGCGACUUUAUUUGUUGAAGGAUGGAAGCGAUAUAAUUCAGAUAUUGCUUGGAGACUUGGGCUUUUGGAUACUGGUUCACAUGAGGAAGGUUUAAGACUUGCAUAUUUAUUACAAUCGCUUCGCGUAAGUAAUGUUCGAGAUCCACUGACGAGAAGGCGUGAACCAGUUCCUAUACCAUUAUCAAAACGACUACCCAGAGCUUUUGCUUCUUUCAUUACUGUCAUAUUUUUUUUAUGCUUGAUUCUUGCUGCUGUAAUUGGUACGAUUAUUUAUCGAAUUGUGCUUCUUCAAGUUUUAUAUAGGGUUCACAGUAUAAGGCCAUUUGCAAUGCUAUUCACUUCGUUAACUACUGCAACAUUGAAUCUCGUCGUUAUACUUAUUAUGAGUUACUUUUAUAGUUAUUUGGCUUUGAAAUUGACCGAUUGGGAAUAUCCUCGUACGCAAUCGGAGUUCGAAAAGAGUUAUACCGUAAAAGUAUUUUUGUUUCAAUUAAUAAAUUGGUAUUCAUCUAUAUUCUAUGUUGCUUUUUUUAAAGGAACAUUUUCUGGCUUGCCAGGUCGUCGUAUUUUUGGAUUACGCCCAGAAAAUUGCGACCCAUCAGGUUGUAUGGUUGAACUCGUCAUUUCUCUCGCGACUAUCAUGCUUGGAAAAACUUUAUACAACAGUGCGAUGGAAUUUUUUAAUCCAGUGUUUCUUACAAUAUUUCGUGGAUUUACUCUAAAAAUUCCUGAAUCAAGGAGCACCCGUAUUGAAAAAUUUCGUCGUGAAAAAAAGAAAGAAAUGGAUUCUAUUUGUAUCAGUGUACCAAGAUGGGAAUGGGAUUAUGCACUUACACCAAUUUAUGAGCAGUUUCUUUUCGACGAAUAUCUUGAUAUAGCGAUUCAAUUUGGCUUUGUUACUUUGUUUGUUUCGGCUUUCCCUUUAGCUCCAUUUUUUGCCCUAAUAAAUAAUGUAUUGGAAUCGCGCUUAGAUGCUUAUAAAUUUGUUGUUGCUAUGCGCCGGCCUAUACCGGAAAGGGCAAAAGAUAUUGGUAUAUGGUUGUCAAUUAUUGAUGCCAUUGGUAAAGCUGCCGUAAUCACUAAUGCUUUCGUUAUUGCAUUUACGAGUGAUUUUAUCCCUCGUUUGGUUCAUAUAUAUCGUUAUUCAAAUCUCGUAGGCUAUAUAAGUAGUAAGUUGUCAAUAUUCGAACCCAGCUCUUUGCAUCCAGCAGAAUGGAGUCAGUGGCAUAAUGUGACAAAGUGCUGGUUCAUAGAUUAUCGUAAACCUCCUUGUUCGUUAUCCCCAAGAAUAGGUUGUGAUGAUGCAUAUGGAGUGACAGAUCUUUGGUGGACUGUACUUGCUUUUCGUCUUGGUUUUGUAGUUGUAUUCGCGCAUGUGGUUUUUAUUAUAAAAGCAUUUAUAUCUUAUAUAAUUCCUGACGUACCCUCCCGAAUAUUUAUUCAACUCCAGCGUCAACGUUCAUCAUCUUUUGAUUUUAUGUCAACUGGUACUUAUUAA